CUGUUCUUAAAAAAUAUUUCCAAAAAAAAAAAAUUUAACGGGUGACUAAAAAAUGUUUCAGUCUAUCUUACAAAGUGGUCUACUAGGCGGCCUUCUAACAUAUUACGCUAGAAGCCAACAAUUCUUUUCUGAAAUUCCUCCGGUCUUUCCCGACUACUUUCCCGAUAGAACUCUAAUAAAUUUCUUUAUCUUUUCUUGGAUUUCUCUGACAAUUUUAAUUGCCAUUUCUGGAAAAUUAACUCUCUUAUUAAGCGCCCUUCUAACUUUUUACGCUCAAAUCGAUAACUUCUUCCCCAAUAUUCUCCCUGAUUUCAUUCCCGAUAGAAAUCUAUUAAAUUUCUUUAUCGUUUCCUGGAUAUCGUUUUCAUUUCUCAGAUUCGUUUUCAAAUGUUGUUGUUGCUGCUUUUCUUCCAACAAUUCUUCCAACGAUUCUAUUGACUAUCCUCUCGACUUUAAUGGUAAUUACGAAUUGCUUAUCGCACGAAACAAUAUCGCUCAUCGCGCAGAUUCAUAUAACCCGUAUUCAAGACGAUAUAAUCCGAGUAGCCAAUAUGGUACUAAUGGAAGGUCAGCGAGGUGGAGUCACAACCGGUCAAGUCGGAAUAAUCAUAUUGUGAGGAAUCAUGACUAUAGCUAUGGAAGGCCCUAUUAAACGGUUAGUUGAAUAUACAGUAGUUUACAUGUAACAUUUCAAAGGAAAUUUUGUAUUUUAUUUUCUUUCUUAUACGUAUAAUUUUUUUUAUCCAAAAAUAGAUGACAAUCAGAAUUUAUUGCAUUAUAAUAUUAGUUAUCACUUUGUAAAUGAUGAUGAAUUGAAAGAAAUUAAUAUAAUUGAUAGUGAUCCGAUUAUGAAUUACAGUAUCAUUCGUCAAUAAUAAAAAUUAUUUAACCUAUAA